AUGCCAUCCGAAGCGAGAAAUCAACGGCUGGUGGACAACAUAUGUUAUGUUUUUAACGAUAUGAGUCGAACAGAAGACAACUGUCGCAAUGGUGUAGCCAUGGUUCUCAACACGAAAGGAUUCAUUGAUGGAAGGAAUCAUAACGAAGAAAGCAUAUCACUGUUCGCAAAGGCAAUUCAGGGGAAGCUGGUACCUACAAAAGUAAGAUUGAUUCUAGUCGUUGGAGCCACUAAACGAUUUGAUAACUCUUGGAAGCAGAUGAAGGAACUUCUAUCCCCAGAAUAUGUCAAGAGAUUUCAAUUCAUCUCAGAAGACAAACUUCGGGACUAUUUAAUGGAUGGAUACGAGCAAUUUCUCCCAAAUGAAUUGAAAGGAGGUUUCCGAGAUUGCAUGGAAAUGGCUGAAGACUACAGUGAUCUAAAAAUGUAUGAAGAAAGAUCCCAAGAAGACUGA